AUGACAACCCCAUCCUACGAUCCCCGAACCGACGCACUCGAUGCCUGGUCAUCCGAAUCAAAUGUCUUCCCAAGAAACCCUUCCGAUCCCAGCUAUCCCGGAUCCCUCGAUCCAAACACCAUCCAAAUCCCCGACCCCCGCAUCUUCAACCCCAAUCCCAACUAUUCCCGAUAUCCCAUCCCCUAUAUCGGAAUCCCCUAUGCAGAAUGGGAGAAGGAGAUGAAGAAAAAAUUGAAGGCGUAUAGCGACGCACGUUUUUCGAUUCGGAUGGCGUAUGUGCUGUCGAGGUUGGGGGAAAAACCGAGAGCGUAUCUGGAGGUAAGGAUGAGUAUUCAUAAAAAGUUUGAGUUUAAGAAUACGGAUGAGAUGUUUGAGGUGUUGGAGAAAGUUUAUGGAGGGGUUUGUGGAGGGAUGAAGGAGAGGAUGAAUGCGGAGGUGGGUUCUGAGAAUGGUGAGGGGGUUGUGAGAUGGAGGGAGGACUCUUAG